AUGUCAUUAUUGGAUUUAGACCCACAACCAAAUCAAAAUGCUCUGAAUGAAACUAUUUUAUCUGAUUUAUUAAAUAACCAACAAACCAAAGCAAUACCUAAUGGACCUUUAUUUAGUACUAUUCCAUUAACCCAACAAUAUGAAAAUCAAAUACAAGAAAAAGAACAAAAAGAACAAAUAAAAGUUGAUCCUUUCACUUCAUUAAAGAAGUUAACAAAAAGUAAAUAUUAUCAAGAAGAAUUCAAGGAAGUUGAAGCACUUAAUGAAAUAAAUAAUCAAAGUAUGGUUAAAACAAAACAAGAAAAACAUCCAAUUACUUCAUUUGAUUUAAGUAAUCAACAAAUAAAUGUUCAAGAACGUCAAAUGGUUGAUGGGUUAAUGGAACAACAAGAAAAAAUACUUGUAUCUAAUGUUACAAACAGUGGAGGGAUAAGAAUUGUUCCAUCAGAAAGUGAACUAAAAGAUUUUGAAAAAAAAAUGAUGGGAAUGGAUAUCAAUAAAAUUGGCAUUUCAUUGAUUGAGACUGUUAGUAUUGGAAAAGGAAAACAAUGUACUAAAGCAUUAGGAUAUUUAAAAUAUUUAUUAACAAAUAAAAAAGGAUUUAAACAGAUAUGUCUUGAGAAUCAACUUCCAGAAAUAUUAAGUCGUGUUGACGUUUCAUCAUCUAUUAUCAAUGAACUUAAAUCAUCGGUUGAAGAGAUACUUAAUCAAUAA